AAGAGACUGAGACAGAGAGAGAGACAGGCAAGAGACAGACAGAGAGGGAGAGAGAGAGAGAGAGAGAGACGGGACGAGGAAGACUCCGAGAGACUCCGAGAGAGAGCGUCACACUGUCACACGGACAGACCGGAGGAACAGGAGGAUGUGCAGCAGCACAGCCGGCCAGGCCAGCAGCGGCAGGAGGCGGAGGAACAGCGCCCCACACAGGCAGCUCUUCCCCCUUUCCCUGCCCCUCCUGCUGCUGUGGCUGCUCUCUCUCUGGGGCUCCGCGGAGGGCCGGGAGCCCCACUCCGGCUUCCUGCUGCGCCGCCUCAGCGUUCGCGAGAGGAAGGAGGUGCAGAGGGAGAUCCUGUCCAUCCUGGGGCUGCCGGGGCGGCCGCGGCCCCACCCUCCGCUGCGGCCCCCCUCCGCGGCCCCCCUGUUCAUGCUGGACCUGUACCACACGGUCUCUGCUGGGGCGGAGGAAGGGGAGUACCUGGGGCUGGGGCUCGGCUCGGCCGGCCUGCACCUGGGCCACGCGGCUCUGCCCACCCUCAGCACGCACAUCCCCCCGCUGGGCACCAUGGUGAACGAGGCGGACACGGUGAUGAGCUUCGUCAACGUGGUGGAGCAGGAGCGGGAUUUCUUCCAACCGCGCCCGUACUGGAAGGAGUUCCGGUUCGACCUGACGCCGCUCCCCCAGGGAGAGACGGUGACGGCCGCCGAGUUCCGCGUCUACAAGACCCUGAGCCUGGGGCCCCGCGGGAACCGGACCUUACACAUCAGUGUGUACGAGAUCGUGAAGCAGAACCGCCACAGGGAGCCAGAGCUGGUGCUGCUGGACCUGCAGUCGGUGCCGGGCGGACAGGAGGGCUGGCUGGUGUUCGAUGUGACUGCGGCCACUAACCGCUGGCAGCAGAACCCGCACAGCAACCACGGGCUCCGACUGUACGCCGAGACGGAGGAGGACCGCUCCCUGUCCCCAGGCUGGGUGGGGCUUGUGGGGCGCAGGGGACCCCGGUCCAAGCAGCCCUUCAUGGUCACCUUCUUCCGGGCGAGCCACACCCCCACACGCGCGCCACGUGCCGCCCGCACCAGCAACCGCAAGAAGAAGCCCAAAUACGACCUGCCGCACCCCAACCGCCUGCCAGGGAUCUUCGAUCACAACCACAUCAACAGCGGCCGGCAGGCGUGUAAGAGACACGAGCUGUACGUCAGCUUCAGUGACCUGGGCUGGAAGGACUGGGUGCUGGCCCCCUCAGGUUACUCUGCCUUCUACUGCGAUGGAGAGUGUAUGUAUCCCCUGGGCUCCUGCAUGAACGCCACCAACCACGCCAUGAUACAGCUGGUGGUACACCUGCUGAAGCCGGAUGAGGUCCCGAAGGCCUGCUGUGCGCCGACCAAGCUGAGCCCCAUCUCCGUACUCUUCUACGACGACAACAACAACGUCAUCCUGAAGAAACACCGCAACAUGGUGGUGAAGACCUGUGGUUGUCUGUGACACUCCUCAUACCCUACUCAUCGUCUGCACACUGUACUCACAAUCCACACACACCCUACUCAUCGUCUGCACAUUGUACUCACAAUCUACACACACCGUUCUCAUCCUCUGCACAGAGGACUUGCAUAUUUGUGUCCUGUUGAUGUUGUACUCUUAUACUACACCCACAUUACUCAUAAUCCACAUUGUGCUUGUUUUACUGACACUAAACUCACAAUACUCAGUAUACCCACAAUACUCAUGCUAAAAUACCUACACUUAUAGUCCUAUUGUCCUUCUGACACUGUACUCUCAGUCUACACCCAUCACACUCAUGCGCCACAAACCUAGACUCAUUGUAUCUCAAUGUACACUCCUCCUGAUACCCCCACAACUAUUCUCAUUGUACCCCUGUUCUACUAACACUGUACUUGCACUCUGCACACAUACACUAUCACAAUCUAUGCACACUGUAUUCAAAGGAUCACACUGUAAUGUAACUGCAGAGCUGUCUUCAAAAUUACAAGACAUUUGGUGGUUUUACCUGGAAAAACGAGUUUGUUUAAAGGGACCUCAUUGUGUCUGCCUGUGUGUCUGUGCAGGGGGUCCAGUCCUGGGGGUCUGGUGUGUUUUCAAGUUCUCUAGACCUCUUCAUACUACCAGCAACUUAGGUGGCAGGAGAGGUGUUUAAAUCGGUCCAAUUACGCCAAUAAUAAUCUUUCAUGCUCAAUGCAAAGCGUUCUCAAGAUCGUGUGAUCUGCACUGCAGUGCGCAUGAAAGGGACCUGGUUUGCUUUUUUUAUUAAUAUGGUGUACCAUGUAUACAGUAUAGCGUUAGUAUAUAUAUAUAUGUGUAAUUAAUAGUGAUGUAUAUGUUUUUCUGUCCCCUUGUUGUAAAAAUCAUAUGGACUAUUGAUUAUUUUUUUGUCUAUCAUCUGUAUCUAUUAAACCAUC